CCUACCCUUACCCAUGCAUGCAUACUUACAAGUAUGCAACCCCCAUGUACCUAAUUCUCAUCUUGCGAGCUUCGUGCAGAUGUAAGCCGAUCCGAAAAAAUCCGUCUUUCGCGAUAGCGAUUUACACUAGUUACAGCCUAUGUAGAGGAUUACCAAGCCUCUUAUUCGGCCGCGCAACCGAGUGUAGACGGGAUAUCCAUCAGCAGUAAUGGGUGCCGAACAGUCGUCUGCGCGGGGCACUGCCACUUCCAACAGCCCGCCCAAAAAGACGGAUUAUUAUGAGCUCCUUGAGGUCGACCGCACCGCUACCGACGACGAAAUCAAGAAAGCCUAUAGGAAAAAGGCCCUAGAGUUACACCCCGAUCGAAAUUUCGGCGAUGUCGACAAUGCUACCCGCAAGUUCGCCGAGGUCCAGGCUGCCUACGAGGUUCUGUCCGACCCUCAAGAGCGAGCAUGGUACGACUCCCACAGUGAUGCCAUCCUCCGUGGCGACGACCCCGCUGACUCCGGCGUCGCCCCCGAGUAUCGCAACGUGCGCCUGACCACCACCGACGAGAUAUACACCUUGAUGGGCCGCUUCAACAAGUCCGUGCCCCUCGACGACUCACCAAACAGCUUCUUCACUAUACUACGCGAGACUUUCGAUCGCCUGGCCGAUGGCGAGUUGGCCGCGGCUGACUGGGAAGGCCUCGACACGCCAGAAUACCCAUCGUUUGGCGAGUCUACCGACAAUGAUGCCGUAGCCAAGACUUUCUACGGCCGCUGGUCUAGCUUUUCUACGCGCCUCAGUUUCUCGUGGAAGGACAAGUGGCGCCUGUCCGACGCUCCUGACCGGAGGGUCCGCCGCCUCAUGGAGAAGGAGAAUAAGAAGCUGCGCGACGACGCCAUCCGCGAGUUCAACGACGCUGUGCGAUCCCUUGUCAUCUUCGUGCGGAAGCGGGAUCCGCGCUACGUUCCGAACAACCAGUCUGAGGCUGAGCGCCAGCAGAUCUUGCGGGACUCGGCUGCCGCCCAGGCCGCCCGAGCACGCGCUGCUCACCAGGAGAAGAUGGACAGUGCUGAAGCGGUCCCUGAAUGGGCCCGGUCUCGCGGCGAUGACGACCACGCGGGCGAGUUCUCAGAAAGUGAGGACGAAUCUGAGGUCGAGGCAAUCGAAUGUGUCGUCUGUAAUAAGACCUUCAAGAGUGAGAAACAGUUUGAGGCUCAUGAGAAGAGUAAGAAGCACAUAAAGGCCGUCCAGCAAUUGAAACGUCAGAUGAGGAAGGAGGACGCGAACUUUGACCUGGAUGAAGAGAUAAGGCCACAUACAGACAGUCUGCUAAAAGAUGCAGCUCCAGGGGUAGAUAGUAAUGUUCAGGAUGCCGAGAACGAUAACAUCCAGAAAUCCAAUAGUUCACCUGAAGCUGAAUCUCGCACCCAUGUCGACUUUGCCCUGCCUAAAACUGCAACGUCCGCAUCGGAUGACGAAAGCGAACAGGACGAUUAUGCCCCGCGGGAUGCCAUAGAGGCACGUUUAACCGGCGAUUAUGAGACGACUAUUGAAGGGUUGACCACUGAAAUGGCCGAGGUGGUAGUCGAGGAAAACCGCAAUGUGAAAAAGAAGGGUAUGGCCAAGGCCAAAAAAGAAAAGAGGGCUGCCCGGCAAGCUGCCGCCGAACAAGAGGGCCAUAGGGUAAUUCAUUCUUUCCUCGUCUAUGUUUUAUUGAUCUUUCACAUUCGCUUUCGCAACCUUUCCAAUGAAUGGCUAUACUCACCAUAUUUAUCACUUAGUGUCUAACAUGUCGUUCUACAUAUGAUUCAAAAGGCGGGCUCUUCAAGCAUAUCAAAGAGAAUCCAGACCAUGCAGCACCAAAGAUAAAUCAGUCAACAAGUAAGCCCGGUAAAUCGGGCGGCAAAAGACGGUGAAUGUACUUGUCGAGAAAGCCAGA